GAAAAUAAAAUCAAAACAAAAAAAUUAGGGGAAAAUGAUGAGCAACGAAGAAGAAUUAAACUCCUACCAAAAUGCUGAAAAAGAAAACAAUGAAGUCACCAAUAAAGACGGUGACGAAGACUUCAGCAUGGAUGGUUUCAACUACACUGCAUCGGAGGCUUUCAUACAAGGGCUAGCUGGGCUGGUUAAUCAGAGUGAUGUGGAAAACAUAAUCAGAGCCCAAAAACAAAUGUUGCAGCGUUUUGAGAAAACCAAUGAAAUGCUCUUGAAUUGCAAUGCCCUGUCCCAGUCACGUCUGAAACAGGCAACCGAUGACUUCAAGCGACAUUGUAAAGUUCUGGCUGAUAUGAAAAAAGAUUUGGAUUAUAUAUUUCGUAAGAUAAGAUCUAUCAAACAAAAACUAAGCCAUCAAUAUCCACAGGCAUAUGCUGAAGCACCACAACCGCAGCGCAGUAGUUUGGCUGAGGAAGCUGAAGAUGAAACAGAAAUUCGUAAAAAUAAAGAAAAAUCACAAUCGCAGACAGCAGAUGCUGCAACGUCGGCCGGCAGUAAAACUCAAAAAUCAACUACUGUGGAAUAUGUUCAAAUGGAAGAAACCAUGGACAAUGGCAAACCCAUUGAAAAUGAUUUGAUUAAACGUGUUUGUUCCAUUGAAACCACCAAUCCCAAUGAUUCUUCAGAUUGUACCUCCGAAGAUACUGGUUAAGAAUAUCGUGCAGGAAAUGCCCAUAAAUCAAAAUUAUUUAUCCAAAGAUAUUUUAGUUACUUACAUUUAGAUUACCCCAUAAUUUAUAAAUUCUUUUAUUUGUAAGAUCAAAUGUUAUUGGCAUUUAAAGGUCACUUCGCAUGUUUAUUUGGUAGUGAAUAAAGAUCUCAAUUCGAUGAAGUCGUCUUUGAAUACAAUAAAA